UGAAUAACCAAAGGUCCGGCGAUAGGAACGAUAGUCUCGCAAUCGAUAAAAGCCGAAAGAUUGGGCCAACAACAAAGGAGCCAACUCCGGCACUCAAUUUUCGGCCAUGGAGACGAAGGAACGCCUGGUGGUCUACGACUGUGAUAUCGGAACCGACGAUGCCUGGGGAUUGGCCAUGAUGCUGCGGGCGGAGGAGCUGCCGGCUCUGCCAGGAGGCAGGCGCUCCAAGGUGGUGGCCAUAACGACGGUGCAGGGCAACACGGAUGUGGUCAAUGGGACCCUGAAUGCCCUGCGGAUUCUGCACACACUGGACAGGCGGGAUGUGCCCGUUUUCAAGGGCUGUGCCGAUCCCAUAGUGCCACGUACUUGGGCCUACACCAAUCGUUUCCAUGGCCUGGACGGGCUCAACGAUGUGGGCAACUAUCCGGAGGUUAGCCUAGAGCAGGAACUGCAGCCGGAGCAUGCCGUGAAUGCCAUGUACCGCCUGGCCAACCAAUAUCCCGGUCAAGUGGACUUCCUGCUCUGCGGCCCACUCACCAACUUUGCCAACUGCAUUAAUCUGUACGGUCAGGCCUUUCUGGACAAGAUUGGCGGCGUCUACAUGUUGGGCGGCAACAUUUACGCCAAGGGCAACGUCACCAAGAGUGCCGAGUUCAAUUUCAUGAUGGAUCCCGAGGCGGCGCACAUUGCCCUGGAGCGAGUGUCACGGCCAGCUAUGGUUGUGCCCUGGGAGACGUGCAUCGAUGGCGAUUUCGGCAUCAGCCUCGACUGGCGGCUAAAUGUUCUGGGAUCUGUGGACCAUCCCUUUGUCCAACUGCUGACCAGAGUGGAGCGUUCGAUGCUGGAGCCGCGCGGCUUUCAGAAAUGGAUCAGCUGCGAUGCCCUGCUCACGGCCACCUACCUCUUUCCGGAGCAAAUGAUAGCCGAUCAGCGGGAGUACUAUGCCACCGUGGAAUUAAACGGCACCCAUACCCGUGGCCAGAUGGUGCUGGAUCACCUGCGCGGCCGCAAAGUGGAUGCCAUUCACGGCAAGAAGAGUAACGUGCGCAUCGUAAGACGCCUCAAUGGCGAACCCUUCCGCACGAUCAUCGCCUGGACGGGAUUCCUGAACGAAGUCGAUAUCGCGCAACUUUGCGUUUAGCAUUUUUAUGAGGCUUGAUGCAAAUAUAAUGAAGAUCCUAUAGUUGUGAAAAGAAUUGUGAAAGUAAUGUGCCUAAAGUUGGUUUAGUGUUAAGACUUACUUCUGCUUUGGGGUCCGGCUUAAACUUUGGAUGUUGGCCACCUCGGGAUUUCUGGAACUUGGAUUUAAUGCUGCCAUGGCGCCGAAUGAUUUUAAAAUAAUGUUUUCCAUCAUUAAUCGUUUGAAAAAAUACAAUUUUUAAAAAUAUAUUUUAUAAAAUUUCUAAAUGAUCCGCCGUCUUUUGAUGAAUUCAGUCUACUUAUGUUUGUUAUCAAUGUUUCUUACGAUGUAUUACAAUUCAUCAUUUAAUAAGCUCAUAGUCUAGUCCUAAAAAAAUAAAAAAAAAAAAUUAUUAAAAAAGUAA